AUGAUCGGCGUCAGCAUUUUUGCAUACACCGAACGUGUAGCUAUCAGCUUCAUCGCGAAACCAUCGACUGAAGGCUUGGUUGAAGCUUUCCUUACCGGCAGAAUAACGUGGAGCAGCAGUAGCAGUUACCAAGAUGAUAGAUCAGCGAGAAGUCUCACAGCUCAAGGUCACCAGAAGCGCCUCAGUACAUCGAAAGUACGCCUAGCAUCACUUGUUUGGUUCUUUCAAUUCAUGACCCUCGCUACCCCACUAGUAUCUCAUACUCAAAUCUCGCGCUCAUCUUCUACCUGUUUAAGGGCCAGCCUCGGUCAAAAAAUAUCCCCAGCGACAACCUUCACCUCCUUGAGGCCAAAGGAGGAUAUGGACUUAGGGCUGCAACAAAUAUGCAAUCAGUCACGCACCAGCUCACAAAGUCUCCAAAGAUCGCAGACCGAAAACCACGACACCAACUACUUCGCCGACGGACUUAUCGACGACUUCCUGUUAGUGCGCUGUAUCUCCCGAGCGGCACUACCAAAAUCGGGGCUUCCUAGGACCGAUUUUAACGAUGCACAUGAUGGAUUCUGCAUGUUGCUAAAAGGCGCAAGACACUUCGCCUUAGACCUCUGGACCUGGCUGGCGGAGACUGUCAAAGGCGACUGUUCAUGGAUGUCGCUACUGUGCGUUGCGUCUAAUGAAGACCUGACGAUCGUUAUCAGCCCUCUUUUUCCUAAUGGCGAGCCAAAUCCACUGGCCAAGCAUACACCGAGGAUGAAGCAGAUCACACCCGGGACAAAUCGGGUCGAGACAGUUGACCUGAUGUUACGCUAUAUUAAAGACAACCCAGACUACGCGGAGGAUGCAAAGGCCCCAGAUUCUUCGGAUACGCAGAUAUUCAUCAUUCAUGGACCCGAUGAUCAGGAGGACGAUGGGAAUGGAGACACGGACGAAGUUUACCUAGAGAUAGUCCGAAGUCAGUGCCGGUAUCAUAGACUCAGAGCGACCUUAGAGAGUAUGAGUUUCGAGCAGCAUACUCUGCGGAAACAGACGAAAGGCAAUGGGAUCGCUUUCCCGGACUUCACAAUCUUCUUGAAGGGAUGGACUCGCUUCGAGUGUACACUCGUCCGAAUAACCAGUCGGAACAACGCCAAGAAACAGCUUCGCAACGGCUCUUUCGAAGCUAGCAAUACCAAUAGCGGGAGCGAUGUCUAUAGUGUUGAAAACACCUCCCCCUCUUCCUCUUGCAUCCCUUCCUCCCUCUUCUUGCUUCCUUUGCUGCCCCCUCGGCCUGCAGAGCCGACCAAGAGACCUCGGACAGCCGUCCGUGCCGGUACACCGCGUACUCGUAAGCAUCUCCAUGAUCGAUACUGGCGCACUGGACAACAUCUCAUAAGCGACCAUGUGAGCACUCUUCUCUGGAUCACGAUUCAGGCACUGGUGUUCUGGUCUGGUCCACGAAAGGAGCAUUCGGGCAAAACCGAGGGCACAAGUUCCCCCGCACUCCCCGCGUUUUAUUUCUUACGUAUUUUCACGGCAUGUCCAUCUCAAGGAGCGCGGCGAGCCGGUCUAGCCGGAGCCAAAACACGGAGCCCUUCUGAUGACGUGCUCGAAGCCAGAAACCCUUUCUCACAUCCCAUCAGGCUUCGAGACUUUAUUCUCGAAUUCUGUAUGGCAAGCGCGACGUUCAGUCCGUGA